CCUUAUUAAAUGCUCUAAUUGUCAUAAUCCCUAGAUUUAUCCAAUCAUACCUCAAACCAAAACCAAGUGACAAGUCCCAAAGCAAACCGUAUCGCCUACAAGUCCGGCACCACCGAACCACCGAUUGCACCGGAUAAGGACUCUCACCAUUACCAGUCCCCUUCCCCCGUGGAAACAUUCAACCAAAUGCACAGAGUUGCCCUCCCCAAAUAUCCCGCUCUCAAAAUUGUUGCAGAUUUAUCUAAGCUCCUACACUUUCGAUCAAACCCAAAAAUCACAUUGAGUUAAACAUAAUUACCUACAUUACGCGCCAAUUUUACCAAAAUGUCACAAUUCGACCCCUACACCCACCUCCACAUAGUACACGACCCCGCCACCGACACCCUCACCCGCCCCGCCGCCGCCACUAUACCCGCCAACCCGGACCCCGCCCCAGGCGACCCGGUCGUCUCUAAAGACGUGACACUCACGGAAACCAAAACCUGGAUCCGGAUCUUCCGACCCGCCAAGCUUCCCUCCAACGACAACACCGUGGCCCGCCUCCCCCUCAUCAUCUACUUCCACCACGGCGCCUGGAUAUUCCUCUCCGCCGCCGACUCCACCGCGCACACUAACUGCUCUCAGAUCACCUCCGAAAUUCCCGCCAUCAUCGUCUCCGUCAACUACCGCCUGGCGCCCGAAACCCGGCUCCCGGGCCAGUACCAUGACGCCAUCGACGCAAUCAACUGGGUCAGGGCCCAGGCCCAGGACCCGAAAGGCGAGACCUGGAUCCGAGACUACGCCGACGUAUCCAGGUGCUAUCUCUACGGUUGCGGAUGCGGGGGCAACAUCGUCUUUUUCUCCGGAUUAAAAGCGUACCAGCUCCAGCUAGAGCCGUUGAAGAUCUCCGGGAUUAUUAUGAACCAGCCGAUGUUUGGUGGGGUCCAGCGGACUAAGUCGGAGCUGCGAUUGGCUGUGGACCAACUGUUGCCUUUGCCUGCGCUCGACCUCAUGUGGGACCUCGCGCUGCCGAAAUCAACAGACAGGAACCAUCGGUACUGUAAUCCGAUGGCGGAUGGGGCCCACAAGGCGAUGAUCAAAGGGCUGGGGCGGUUUUUGGUGAUUGGGUUCGGUGGGGACCCGAUGGUCGACCGGCAGCAGGAGUUUGUGACGAUGCUGGUGGGUUGUGGGGUCAGGGUUGAUGCGCGGUUCGAUGACGUGGGGUUCCAUAAUAUUGACUUCGUUGACACCAGGCGGGCUGCUGCCGUUUUGAACAUUGUCAAGGAGUUUAUCAUCUAAUUUUUUAUUUAAUUAUAUGAUCAAGAGUGUAAAUUUCGGCUUUGUUCCUUCUUGA